CUACAAUUGAUACCAUUAUUACUAGAACGAUUUUCAAGUGGAGUCAGUUCUUGGUUCUCAUCUUGUUCUAUCGCUGGUUGUUUAGACUGAUUAUCGUGACGACUGUUAAUAAUCAUGCUGCUGACAGAGGCUGGCAAUUUGACUCAUCUGAACGUUCUUGUAUUAGGCCCUCCACAUACAGGCAAAACUACUCUAUGCAACACCUUAUUAAGGGGAGCAUUGGUAGACCAGCCAAAAGUCAUUAAUUCACAAUCUAAUCCAUCGUUUCAGCAUAGAGGACUGUAUUUGGGUCCGUAUAUACCAACCAUCGAAGAGUCUACUACUUUUCAGUUCAUUGUCAAUCCAGCAACCUCACCACAGCCAUCACAGCCAACUACGACAACAUCUCCAGUAGCCAACACUGAUAUAAUCCCAUCAGCUCCACAUCGUAUUACAAUUACACUCAUAGAUCUAGGUGGACAUCCUCUUUACUAUGCGCUCUGGCCCUCUGUGAUUGCUGCUGCCGAUGCAUUUAUGCUCACCUAUGAUGUUGGCGACAAACAGUCCCUCCAAUCCCUUUGGAAGUACUACCGUCUGAUUGUAGAGACAAAAAGUGCCAAUAUGUCCAUGGCCAGACCGGAUGAAAUACCCAUGCUUCUAGUGGGGAGCAUGGUUGAUACGGUGACCUCCACUGCUACCGAUUCAACAUCAAAUGGAAAUAUAGAUGGUCUUGAAUUCAAUACGAGUGGGUUUUCUGGUAAGAAACGACCAAGACAGGUAUCGCCACAAAUGGGUCAAAUGUUUGCUGAUAUCCUGCGUAUUCCCCACGAUCAAACCACAAGCAAGGCUCCCCAUUCAAUAGCCUACUGUUUUCGUAAACUUGUUGCAGAAGCACAGCGGAAAGCCGCAGGCUUGCUGAUUGCUUCAUUGGUCAUGUCCCCGUCUACAAGUGAUGCCAAUACGAGAUCUGAUUCAGGAACAUCGUCAAACAUCAUACAUACCAACAGCAACAUUAAAGCUCACAAUAAUGCAAUUGCUAACCCGCAAUAUCGGUCUGCUUACGUGCUUGAAUUUGCCGCCAAAUUUAGAUCUGAACAUAAGCAGAUGAAGGCAGGUGCAAAAAGAGAUGCCAACGAGGAUGAUUCGAAAUCAGUGUUCGUGAAUAAUGCCAUGGCAUUGUCACCAUCUAAUACUAGCGCGGAUGGUAUACCGAAUGUAUCUACUGGAUCGACUAGCACAGACUCUACUGACUCAAUCGCUCUCCCUGUAACAACUUUAAAAACAACAUUACCAUCAUCUGCUGCCUCGCCUACAGCCACCACUAUUCGCUUUUCCUUUACAUCCAAACUAACAUUCCGAUCAUCUGUUGAACGAGUAAAAGGUGCUGUUGAUCGCAUGUCAAAUCCACUCAAGGGAGGCAGCCGUCAUGGCCGUAAAGCAUCCGCGACGUCACCAUCCGAAAUGAAUACACCUCAGCCAUUGUCAACUAUAACCAUACCUCCACCACCUGUUCCUAAACGUCCAUCCAAUCUGGUUCAAAAACUUCCUCACAGUCCCACCGAUUGUUCAAAUAUAUCCAUAUUCGAUUGUUCCAAUUCGACACCCACUGAUUCCACGCUUGCCAUUUUGCCAGCUGCUCCAGACUCGUUGGUUUCAAGCUCAUCUGGGUUUAAAAGUAAUCAUAACUUGAUGGUACAAACACACAAUGUUGGCAGAAUUGCUCAUAGAGAUGGAGUGUUGGAUACAUCUGCAGAAGCUUUGAGCAGCGCUCCUACAAUAGCAUCCAUUUACUCUCCAACUUCACCAUCCUUUGCUGCCGACACGUCUUUGACUACAUCAGUGUUUGGUGAAGAUCGCCCAGAAGUCCUUGCUAUUCUGUCUCCAACGACAUAUGUUCCAGUACAAGAUAAACUUUUGUCACCAGCUUUUGGAUCAAUUCGUCAUCGUCGAGAUGUUGCGCGUGAGAUGUUGCAUCGAGCAUCCACCGUUAGUCAUUCUACUAAUCAACGAGAUGAAGUUGCUUAUGAGUAUCCUCAAAAACCCUUACCCAGUGCUCCUAGACGGGAAUUCACAAUCAAUCACAAAUCGCUUUGUGGAUUGAUCAACGAAGAAAGUCGAUACGCUGAUGGAUCUACUGUGCAGUCAUCUGCUACAGGAAAUCCAUCGCAACAUAGCACUGUGUCCGCAGAUACUCUUAAUGGUGAUACCUCUUCUACAUCAAGUAUGGGAAUAAGUCAAAACAGUUCUAGGAUAAAAUAUGGUGGUGCGUGGACUGUAUCUGGAGAGCAAGUUAUGUUGCCGUCGCGGGUAAACUCAUUGUCUUAUGUACAGUCCGAUUGUGAUUCAAAGGUAUCUGAAACACAUGAUAUUGGCGGAGCAUGUGAGGAUAACAAUGAUGAUGGUGCAACAGUGGUGAACACUGCAGAAUCUAUGAUAUCAUUGGAUGAUAAGCAUCAAGUUCCUUUAAUCCAAGCUCCAUCUCGAAAGUAUACAUAUCUUCAUUUGGAUAACUGUAUAGCUAACAGCUCACCAAAUCGGCUACUUUUAAAGUCAGCGCAUAGUCUGACCACGCAUAAAUCAGAUUUGAGUUUGGCACGACGGCGCAUUCAAGGAUUACUUGAUGAGCUUGAACUUGUAGAUUUCCAAGAUGCCAAUAUGCCAUCAGAUCUAAGGGAUAUCAACUUUGAGGAUCCAGAGCUUGCUGUAAUACGCAACCUUGAUUCAAUACGACGAGUUGCGAGUGAAGAUACUGUUGUGAAUACACCCAGCAUGUUUAAGCCCGAUUGUGAUGGCGAUGUAUCCCCAAAUGCGAGUGCGUAUGUGCGCAAUAAAGAGCUUGGUAAAUUUGAUUGCCUGGAGAAUGUAUCAAGCAAAAGCGAUACUGCAACUAGCAAGCAUAUUACACCGGUAGUACGAACUGCACAUACUCCAUCAGAAUCACGCACGAAAAUGCUGUCGAGUUUCUUGCAUGACCUUGAAGCCGAGUAUUCGUUUCUUGCACCUCCUGGCGUGAUCUAAACAUUAAUAAUUUUCUUAUGGAUAUAUAUUGUCAUUUAAAACCUUUUAUAUUAUUUCCUGAUUCGCACUUGCUUUUAAUAAUUGAUGCAGUCUUACGGCUGUAUCCACGCAGAAUGGAACACUAAAGAGUCAAAGUAUAAUAAACAUUUAGUUUCAUGAAAUGAU